UGCUCUGAAAAUUCUCAAAUUAUCCUCAACCUUAUCAUAACUGUCAAAAACAUAAUCCGAAUAACCUGAGAAACUUUGUGAUUUUUGUAAUCAAAGUGGUUUACCAUGUCUGGUGAAGAGAAAACUCCCGCUGCAGCCACGACGCCGCAGUGCCAGUUCUUCGUGCAGCGCAAGAAGCGGCUGUGCCGCAUGACCGUGAAGCCGGGGCGCAGGUACUGCGGCGAACACCAGCCGCAGCCUAACGCUGAAGCUGACCAGGCGGACAAGAGAAUACCCUGUCCAAAUGAUCCUAAGCACACCUGCUAUGCCAGCAAGCUACUGAAGCACCUGGCGAUCUGCAACGCGCGGCGCACGGAGCAGCCAGCCUACAUCGUGCACAACAUCAAUGCUCCGGAGGCAGUGGACACCUGCCCCAGGCUGCCCCUCAGUUCAUACCCUAAGGAUGCACUUGCUAAUGUCAUUGAUAAAGUCAACCAUUUGUAUGUUAAACAUGUGGAAGGCCGCAUCACAGCGCAGCCCCCACAGCCGAUCCACCGCGCAGUGCUGCCCGAGUUCAGCGAGGAGGCCCGCGCGGAGAGCUCCCGGCGGCACCUGCGGCAGGUGUCCGCGCUGCUGUGGGCCGCCGAGCGCGCCGGCCUGGCAACGUCGCGGGCCUGUUAUGUGGAGCUAGGAGCCGGCAAGGGCCAGCUGUCCUACUACGCAGCACACGCAUGGUGCGCAAACACCGGCAGCCGGGUACUUGCCGUGGACCGCGCCCCGCUCAGGCACAAGCGAGACAACAAGCUUCGGUCUGCUCCUCCCACACACACAGCUCCGAGUGAUAAUGCUACGGAAAGUAGAGUCAGUAAUGUUGAUCUUCAAGAUCAGCAAGGCAAAAUCGGUCUGGAGGACAACCAACUCAAGGAAAUUGAUAAAACAGAUGCUAAAAAAUUAAGUACACCUGACAAAAUAUUGAAGAGUGAUAAUAUAUCAAGUUCAGAAUCUACUGAAAAUUUAACUAACUCAAAAGACAGUGGUAAUGGAGAGACACUUAAUAAUAUAUUUAAUAGGGACAAAAUAUUAACAAACAGUGAAAAUUGUAAUGUAAUAUGUAACUCAAAAGAUGGGGAGGAUGGAAUAUCAACUACAGAAACUAAUGAUCAUAUAACAGCUAACUCAAAAGUCGGGAAUGAAGAGACAGAUAAAAAUAAGGAGAGUGAAGUGGCGGUGCGGAUUCGCGCGGAUUUGGCGCACCUGGCGCUGGAGGCGGUGCCCGUCGUGAUGGAGAGCGAGGCCGUGGUGGGGCUGGCCAAGCAUCUCUGUGGGGUGGCUACCGAUUACGCGUUGCGCUGCAUGGCGGCACCCGGCGUGGCCUCAAAGAGCCGCGGCCUGCUGCUGGCCACGUGCUGCCACCACCGCGCCGAGCGGCCGCUCUACGUCGCCCACCAGGAGCUCCAGGAACUAGGCAUAAGCGCCGAAGAAUUCAACAUAAUGCUCGGCAUCGUAUCAUGGGCGACCUGCGGCGACGGACGCAGCCGCUCGCGGCGGCGCCUGCAGGAGGCGCAGGAGACGCAGAGACAGGCGGCUGGGAGGCGGCAGGAGAGGGAGGAGACGGGGCGCCGCGCCAAGGCGCUGCUGGACUGGGGCCGCGUGCUGUGGCUGCGCGCGCGGGGGUUCCACGCCGCGCUGCGUCACUACGUGCCGAGGGACGUGUCGCUCGAGAACGUCGCCAUCGUCGCCGUCAGGCGGUGACACUCCCCACAUUGUACAUUUAUAUGUAAUUAUUUGACGAAAUCCCGAUAAUGCGCAUGCUAUAGGUGGCGUUCCUGCCCUCGUAGCGAAUGCACCUUAUAUUUUUAUGAAUUAAAGUUACUUUUUUCAUGGUGCCGGAACGUUCUCAUUUCUAUUAGUUUCAUCCAAAUAUAUCAUGAUUAUUUUUGUAUUUGUGAGAUUGAAUUGUUGCAAUAUUAAGUUCUAAGAAAAAUAUUUCAUUUAGAUGAAAUCGAAGAUAUAAGUGUUUUAUUGUUUUCCCAUUAGGUACUAUUUAUAAAAAGCUAGGCUAGGCUAGAAAUUGUAAGGUAAAUGAAAUAAAAACUCAUUUGCAAAUAUAAUUUUGUAUAUUUAUAUCAAUAAUCAUUUUCUAAAAACAAAACUAUGAUUAUCAUUAUUUUACACAAUCGUUAAUAACUGCUCAAGGAAAUGCCUAACAAUUACUCCUCGCGUAUCGCGUCGCGCUGGAAGAGAUUGCCCGACCGCCUCGCGCCUCUACUAAUGUCUAAAAACUAACUUAUAAAUCUUAUAACGGUUCGAGCAAGUCAAAACUACCUUAAUUCUAUACAAAUGUAUUAAAAUGAAACAGUAAGUUAGGAUUAUGCUAGCUAUAAUUCCAUUAACCUCUUGUGUGUGUUUGAUAAAGGCCCUGACGGAAUCGUAGUCAGCUUUUAGCAUAUGUUUACAGCUCUCAACAGCACCACAGAGGUUAGAACCCGCGAUGUUUGACCACCACACACAUAUCAAGGGUUAACUUAAGUAUGACGCUUAUGGCUCCUCUACACGAUGGCCCACUGAACUAGCGAGAUGGCCUUGCGAUGAUUGAAACGCAACUUUACGAUAUAGUUCAGGAAUGGGUCACGUGUAGCUACGUAAUCUCUAGCCCACUAAAUGGCCAUCCCGCCGCGCCAUAUCCAUCCGACAGCACUGCGCCCCACACACGCUGGCCCAUCUUAGUGCCACUAUGAUGGCCCAUCGCGUAGACGAGCCAUUACAGGCACCAAAAGCAUGUUGACGACUAUAGAAAAAAGUAAGUAUUAAUUUCAACAGUUCACUGGCCAUCGUGUACAAAUCGUCAGACAUUGGACGAUGGUACACGUGCUAAGUGACCAAUAGUAAACCUUAAUGUCUUCACAAUAAGGUUCACAAACAAUAAAGUCACGAGAACGCGAGGCGCAUCGACUACCGAAACUACUCUCAUUGCACUUCACCAUCCAUAUAAACUACUUAUUAAUACAUAUACUAACACUAUUAACUGAGCAUUAGACCUUAUGCUUGUACAGUAAGGUCCAAAUUCAGUUAACAGAGUUCAAAACAACGCCGCCAUUAGCUCCCGACAAUCGACUUUGAACUUUACGGAUAUGGGGGUAGAGUUGAUAGCGGGAGCGACGGGGAAUAAUGACGGUGAACUAAAUGCGUACAAUACAACUAUGCUAACGUACAGCUAUAGCUCGUCUCGCUCACACCUGAUGCAGUCAAUAAUAUGUCAACAUUUGAAAUCUCUCAUCGUAUGAAAAAAAUAUGGUUUGUAAGGGAUAUCCCUGCAAAAUAAGUGUACAGAAGAAAUAUAGGCAAAUAAUUGUGUUUGGAUUAUAUCUUAAUGACAUCAAAUGUCUACUCCAGCUGUGGACGUGACGCGCCUCCUAUCACCAAAUGAUUGCGUUAAAAUAAAUAUAAAGCUAAUUUAUACGCCCCUCCCCACGAAACAACUUGACUGGUAACUCUCUGAACGCCAUAAGUCAUAACUCUUAUACAAAAACAUCUCUCACACGCCAAGAUUCUGAGCGUGAGCGAGCCAAUAUAAACCUUAUUUGAACGCAUGAAGGUUAUAAACGUUCUUGACGCAUUCCAAGGGUUAACAAGGAUCAAGCUGUGUCGUGUAGAGUGGACGUUAAUGUACAGUCGGCGGCAGAAUUAGCAACGCGAAGUGAAAGUAUGUCCAGUACAGUCACCCGCAAUAAUAUAUUGCGCAACGAAACACAAAUAUGACACGCUUUUAUGAUUAUAAAUAGAUAGAUAAAAUGUUUAUUAUAAAUAGAU